UGAUUGGCCGUCGUGAACCGGCUACACGCAGCAACCCUGCGCCUGUCAUCAGCUGGGAUUGGACGUCCGAUUCUCCAGGCGGCCGUGGCCCGCCCAUUCUGGGUGUAGCCCGAGCGCGCGGCGGAGGGGGAGGAGGAGAGGCGGCGCGUGGCAUCCCCUGCCUGGUCUCCCGCGUGCGCUGGCGGCGCGAGCUCGGGGCGGUUGGCUCCGCUGUGACCCCGCCGAAGGGAAGAGGCCACGUGACGCCCGGCGGAGACAGCCGCCUGGACGGGAGAGGCAGGGUCCCGGGCUAACGAAGCAGGGGACAGGCGCAGUGUCUGCCUUCCCGCCAUGACUGACUUCAAGCUGGGCAUCGUGCGGCUCGGCCGGGUGGCCGGAAAGAUAAAGUAUACACUAAUAGAUGAACAAGACAUCCCGCUCGUGGACAACUAUUCAUUUGAAGCUCGCAUGGAAGUGGAUGCCGACGGCAACGGCGCGAAGAUAUUUGCGUACGCGUUUGACAAGUAUAAAGGACGAGGGUCUGGACGUCUGCUUCAUGAAUUAUUGUGGCAGCGGCACAAAGGUGGGAUUGCGUCUGGAUUCCAGGUGUUACAUUUAAAUGGCAUUACGGUGGACAACCGAUUGGAUAAUUUACAAGUGGUUCCUUGGGGCUGGAGACCUGAGGUAGAAGAGGUGUCCAGCAAACAAAGGGAGCAGUCCUUAUAUUGGCUGGCAAUACAGCAACUUCCCACAGAUCCUAUAGAAGACCUGUUUCCUUUGCUGAAUGUCACCCGCUGCUACAAUGCAAAUGGCGAGGUUGUCCGAGAAGAAGAGAAUUCCUGCACCUAUUAUGAAUGUCAUUACCCUCCCUGUACGAUGAUAGAGAAACAGUUACGUGAAUUUAAUAUAUGUGGCCGAUGCCAACUAGCAAGAUACUGUGGUACCCAGUGCCAACAAAAAGACUGGCCCGCUCACAAAAAACACUGUUGCGAGAAGAUCCGAAUUUCGCAGUACGAGCCGGACCCGGAACGAUGACUUCAAUCACGGAGCGUUUGUGGAUGCUCCGUUUUAUAAAGGAAACCCGGGGAUGUGUUUUGCACACUAACGAGUGGACUGGUCACUGACGCCAGAGGCACUGAGGAUAAUCCUGCGACGCUUGAGUGGAAGUAGCACUAUGCUGGACUGUGCCGCCUUCAGCUGGGACUGUGGAAGGAGCGCGGCCUUGCAUUCCAGUAUUAGAGUUCGUCUCACGGACUACUGUGAAAGCUCCGGUUGGGGGCUUGUGUAAUAUUUAUGUUUGUGGAAGUUUAUGUACAGGGUUUUGUUUUUUGUUUUUUUCCUUAUGUUUGAGGUUACAACUGAUUGAUCCAGUUUUUGAACAUGAACCCCCUUACAGGCUUGUGUUUGCCCCCUUCAUGCGCAGAUUAGAUUUUCUUUCCCAUUCACUGCAGAACAAAGCAAAAUACGUUGAGAUGCAGAAAUUCUGAUUAGUCGGGAUCUGAAGUUAUUAUGCAUGGAAAAUGUAAAAUAAAAAUACAAAGAACAGAAUAAUUUUUUUUUUUUUUUUUUUUUUUUUGAGGAUUCUAGUGAUGUCUGGGCUGCGGCCAGAUACGUACUAACUUAUUUAGGUUACCUGGGGUGUAAAUAUAACGUGAUUGGUGCAUCGGAUCUAGGCGUAGCUUUAUCUUGUGUGGCAUGAAAAACGCUCCGGUCAUUGACCUAUUGCUGUUUAGUCAGACUGGGCAAAAAAUCCCGUAUAGAAUAAGUCCUUGUAAGUGAUGACGGAUAAUCACACAGUGGGCGGUAUUCAAAUGAUAUCACGCAUAAUCUCCUUUCUAAAGUGAUCCCUGUUAUCGCGCAUAUUGUACCAAUAGUAAUCCGGUUUAGCUGCGUAAAAAGUUGGGUACCCUUGCUACCCCAGGGGUAUCGAGCUGAAAUGACUAUACCACUCCCGUCGGCAGAAACAGAACAGGUGUGGAAGGGGGUGGAAAGAAUUGAAUACCGCCCUGUGUAUUCUGUCGCUUACGUAUACGUGAAAUAAAAGGAAUAUUGGCAAUCAUUAAUUUUAAAAAAUCCUCCUUUUGAAAACCAAAUUGUAACACUUUGUGCUACCAGCGGGGGGUGAUCUCUACCCUGGCACAGAAACAGUGUUAUGCCCUAUGUCUUGCUAAAUAAAAUCUUCUGAUACUUUUUCUAUAAAUUA